GUACAUUCUGUGGAGUAAUUUUCUACCUACUCAACCAGAAAUCCUUAGCUGUGUCCCGCCCCCAUCAACAAUCAAUGCCGGCAGUUAGGGCGUUCUAGAAAUCGCCGCCGGCAGCAGCAGCCAUGGCCGACUCCAGUCAGCUCAAAUCCGACGCUCUUAUGGAGCAGAUGAAGCUUCACCUCGCCUCUGACGCCGGAAAAGAACUGAUCGAGAAAAUUGGCCUCGUUUACCAGCUCAAUAUCGCCCCUAAGAAACUUGGAUUCAACGAAAAGAUUUAUGUUGUUGAUCUGAAGAAAGGGGAGGUCAAAGAAGGGAAGUAUGAGGAUGGAAGGCCUGAUGCAACCUUUUCCUUUACUGAUGACGAUUUUCUGAAAAUCGCAACAGGGAAGAUGAAUCCUCAAAUUGCUUUUAUGAGGGGUGCUAUCAGAAUCAAGGGGAGUAUCAGUGCAGCUCAAAAAUUCACUCCAGAUAUUUUUCCAAAACCAUCCAAGCUGUGAACAAGGAAAUGAUCAAUGGACUGUACCUUUAUGAUGGAUGCCAUUUCACAGCCAUUCUGCUAAUGUUAUUCCCUAGCAUCUAGAGUAAACCGUUUAUUGCUAAGUUCUUCGAAAGAAAAACAAAAGGAUUUGAAUUUCUCAUUCAUAUCAUAUAAGAAUGUAUGUUCUUAGCUAAUGUGACAUGGUACUUUGGGGCAUUGCAUGAUUAUGUUGUUGGAAAAAUGAUUUUACAAAUUAAUAUUAUGGUCAUUAAUAUUAUUUGUAAAAAUCAUUUUGAAAUGAAUGAGAAAUUAUUUCCCGAAAGAUAAGUGUGAAAUUAUAUCUCACACGCAAACACCGUCACCGUCGUUCAGUAGGUCGGGUCGGGUUUCGGGUUAGAGUCUUAAACCGUCCGCCCGAGUAUAUGGCUUAAAGAUAAUUCUAUUAGUUGCUCUUAAUUUUGGAUAAUGUUUGGCAAUAGACACAUCCAUUUGUUUUAGAAGGAGGGUCACGAGUAAUUAUACAUGUUUCCUUAAUUAUUUAAUUAUUAUUUCAUUUAAUUUGCAUGCAGAAUAUUGUACACACAACAAUCUUAAGACGGUUUGUUUUUUGUAUGCAAUCUGCUUGCUUGUUUUCUGCCGUGUGUGUUCAUACACCUACUUAAUUUUCUGUGCGUGUAUAAUUGCUACUACCGUAACUAUAACUAUACUGCC